AUGGACGAAAAUAAAUUAGCUCCUACGAAUAACACGCUAGAUAAAUAUUUUUCGCCAUCCACUGGGAAAGAAAAAAAAAUAAAAGAAGUUUCUGUUGACGAAUUUUUUACAUCGAGUUCAUUUAUUAAAACGGAGACACUUCGCUCCAACAAGGCUCGUAAUAUAGAUUCUCCAAAGCCUACAGCUGCAGAAGUGAUUUCUGUGCCUGAAACUCCGGUUAGCGUAUGCAAUAUUCCGCAUUCCUCGGCACAUAAGAGUUCUCAUGGUUCAUCCAAUAAGCAAGCUGACAAACUCGCAACAAAAUUCUCACCGGAUUCUAGUAUUCCUGAAUCUAUUUCGGCGUUUUCAUUGAGUGAUUGGUCGGAUACAACGCACACUACUCCUCCCAGAUGCGCUUCUCACAAAGCUACUUCGAUCCAUAGUCCUGUGAGUGUAUCAGAAAAGGGAUUUGAUCGGAAAUCGAUUACCCCAGCCAAAAGCGUUGAUGAAAUUGAUAAUACUAAUGAAAAUAAUACCCCCUCUGCGCCUGGAACUAGUAGAAAAGCUUAUUGGGCCUAUAGAUCACGCGAUGGUCCUCGCGCUUUAGGAUCAAAGGAAAAACCGGAGGCUUCUGAUUGCUUAUCUGGUUUAACUUUCGUCAUCACCGGAAUAUUAGAAAGUAUUGAGAGAGAAGAAACCCAGCAACUUAUUGAAAAAUGCGGCGGCAAAGUUACGAAGUCCAUCAGCAAGAAGACCUCCUACAUUGUAGUUGGUCGAGAGCCUGGCGAGAGCAAAAUAUCAAAGGUUAAUCAUCCCUUAUCCUGA